AUGGCUGUCCUCUUUCUUAACCCAUAUGACAACAAGGAGAACAUACCUCUAGUAGUUACUAAAUCUGAAUCUCCACUCCUUACCAGCAAUAAAAGAAGAGUCAGGAGGCCACUUGAGGAUAUUACCAACCUAUUGAAUCAAGAAAUCUAUUCAAGUUCAGUUCUUGAUAAUAGGAUCCGUCUUUUACAACCACUUCCUUUAGGCAAAGUGAAAUGUGGAAAAAGGAGAGCUGAGGAUGGUUCUGAGUCCCGCCUCCUUGAUCCAUCUGUUGUAAGGAGGAACCUGAUCAGGACAAUUCGAGCCCUGGGAGAGAGCGAAGUUUACAAUGUUGAGCAGGGGAAUGAAAGCAUGAUCAGUGGUCAACGUGAAAAUAAACGAGUGAUUCCUGGAGGACCUGAUGGUCAACACCACUAA